CAUGUUUGUACGGGAUAACUAGCAACGACGUCAAUGUUUAAUAGGCGACGGUUCCGGUUACGACUCUUGAUGGUAUAAUAUUCAUCUGAGAAAGCCACACUGAUAAGGAAAACGAGUAUUUUAUUGAGAUACACCAAUUGGGGUUUGGCUGUAGUGACGUCACCGGAUCGACACGCUCGGUCACGUGACGGGUUGUAGGCGGCGGCUUCCCUUACUCAAGAUGGCCGCCGUUAACUUGCGCUCCUAUAUUGUUUUUUUCUAAAUAUUAAACUGUUCUAGAAGUCACAGUAUAAUAUUAUGUGGUUUUAUUGAAAUGGGGAACCAUUUGAAGUUUCUUGAUAAAAAUUCGCUGAAAGUUAUUAUAAAUUUUACAACAGCGCUUUGGAUUGGUUCCCCGCCAGCAAUUGACACCGCGCCCCCAUUGGAGGAUUUGAAAAGAGCAGUUGGCCAAUGGCAGGCGGCGUUACACGGCGGUGGCGGGGUGUUCGAAGCCAUUGACUUCGAGUGCAGGGGCAGGUGAUGGGGAUCGAUUAUUGUAAAUAACCAUCGUCGUUAUUAAUCACAGCCAGCUGUGGUUGAAGGCUUCUUCACGUGGUGGGGAUCUUUGUCUCUUGAGUCGGUGUUGUCGAGGGGGACAGGAGAAGGCGGAGAGCGAUGAGACGACAUGGUGCUGCGUGCCAUCGAGAUUCUGCUCGACUACUUCGGUGAAGACGCUGACGAGCAGUGCAGCGUGGGUGUCGUCACCAGCGGGGGAAGCUCGCGGAGUCUCAUCCGAAGAAUCGGCUCCAAGAUCCAGGAUGCUCCGUUCCUUUCCUUUGUGUUCAGCGUUUUGCAGGGGAGGCCGUAUGGGAGGAGACGGAGCGUGGUGCGCUGGAUCGCAUCGCACUUGCCCAUCCCACGCUGGCUCUCCCCACACCUGCAGUUGCUGGCAGGAGAACAUCCCGGCGCUCCGUCCUGUGAAGCCAGCCCGAGUGUGCCCAGCUUCGCCGAAGUGAUAUACUUCCCCAUCGUGGAGGGGGUGGCCAACCGCUGCUGCAGCCGGGCGGAACUCCGCCUCAACGCCGGCACUUCCACGCCGCGCUCCGACACGCGCGGCAUGCGGGAGCUGCCGGGAAGCACGAGUCUCCGGGAGCGGAGGGACGGGACCGGCGACGGUGAUGGAGGAGCAGCAGGAGGAGGAGCAGGAGGAGGAGCAGAUGCCCUUGUGAAGAUCGCGACGCUGGAAGCCGAGUUGGCGCGUUUGCGAGCACAAAUCGCCGCCAUCGUCACGGCCCAGCCCGGAGCUGGGGGGACAGAUGCCACACAGGUUGCACCGGGCCCCACCGCUCCUCCUCCACCCCCGCCUCUGCCCCCACCCCCGUCGGCAUGCUCCGUCCUCGAGGGUGGGGCCGGCGCCCUGCAGCUGAUCCGCCGGCGCCGCGAGCAGCGUCUGCGCGGAGCGGGAGGGGGAGGGGCCGACGCCACCGGCAGCGAGAGCCAGGGAGGAGCCGCGGCGAGCAAGAAGGCCGUGCCCGACAUGAUGGACGUGCUGAGGAACCUGGGAGCGGUGAAGCUGCGCGUGGUGGAGAGGUCCCCGGGCGGGCGUCCCGUCCACUGGCCGUUGCGCGCCUGCAUCACCCCGCCGUCCGACCCGGCCGCCCUCAUCGCGCAGGCCCUGCGCAGGAAGUUCGCUCGCUGCCACGCGCCGCGCAGCCCCGAACCCGGCCUCUCCCCCAGCUCGCCACACGCGUUCAGCCCCGACGUGCCCAAGUUUGGCCGUCACCUCCUCAGGGUGACGGGCAGGAGCCUGACCGACCCCUACUACGAAGGCAUCUCCUCCUCAUCGUCCACCUCCUCAUCCUCGUCUCUGGGGUCACCUCUGUUCGUCCACUCUUGACCCCCGCCCAUGCGGGCGCUCCAACAUCACACGGCCGCCACCACCGCGUCAUCGCGAGAGCGCCGUCGCCGACGGAACGGACGCGCCGCAUUGCGGACUCUUCUGGUGGGCGAUCAAAACUGUUCCGCGUGUUGGGCCGGAAAGUAGCGCACAUGGGGGGGGGGGGGGGGGGGCGUCAAGGACACUUCCGCCCUCAACCCCCCGCAGGCGUGCGGGCGAUGGCGCCUCCACGCGCGACUGUGCGGUCCCAUUGUCCCCGGAUUGGAUUUUAGACUUUUUUCCCCAAAUCGAAUGCCUCGUCUCUGUGGUUUUAUUUGUUUGUGACGAAUGUAGCGGCCUCUGGUGGCCGCAGUGCGUGUGUGUGUGUGUGUGUGCGUGUGUGUGUGUGUGUGUGCGUGUGUGUGUGCGUGUGUGGCAAACCGAUUGCGAGCGUCGACGCGCGUUUCCGGAUCGCACGUCGCUCGUGACACGGUGCCCGCAUCGUCACGGUGACGCGGUGCCCGCGUCGUCACGGUGACGCGGUGCCCGCGUCGUCACGGUGCCCGCGUCGUCACGGUGCCCGCGUCGUCACGGUGCCCGCGUCGUCACGGUGCCCGCGUCGUCACGGUGACACGGUGCCCGCGUCGUCACGGUGACGCUGCUCUCGGAGACGCGCUCGCUGUACUGUAUAUACGCGUUACCCGGUGAACACGCGGUGGGGCCCGGAUGUUUGUACGGGGAAAGGUUCACUUGAUCGCACGCGAGACCGGGGCCACUCGGUGACACGUGGGGAGUGGAGGGUUUACGCUUGAGACUCGUGGGUGGUUUUGUUUUGGCAUUUUUUUUUUUUUAACGUGGGUUUGGGAUGCUGCCUUGGCGGAAUGGCCACGACAUCACGGUCCGGUUCCACCCCGGUCCACCCGGCGGUAGGGAUUGGGUCCGGCACGGUGAAGUCGUUGAGCAGGUUCACGCGUGGUGGGGUAAAUUGUGGGUACUGCCACCUCUUGUGUCUGUCCAGUGUGGAAGAGAAGACCAAGAGAUACCGUCUAGGAGGUGGAGGGGAGGGGGGGGUGUCAGCACCCUUCACUGGAGACCUGCAAUUGCGGCGCUGCGCUUUUUAUCUUUUUUUAAUUUGGGGCACGGUUUCACAUUCUCCACGUCGGCCUUGUCGCCAAUCGUCGUUCGGGGUCUCCGUCCACCGCUCUGCCCGGCACGCACAAAGGCGAGCGGUGGGUGACGCGAGCGGGACGGGUGACUGCUCCACAGCCGAGGUGCUUGCGAGUCGGCGCCGCUGCGUGGGCCUCCCCGCGCGAGCUUGCGGGUCGGCGCCGACGUCCGACGGUUCGCUCCCCGUGCCGCCGGGAGCUUCUUCAGGAACCGAGCACUGAACGGGAACUCAAUUCGGUCGCCGAAAGAGCUCCCGGCGGGCACACGGAACGAAACGGCGGACGCCGGCGCCUCGCAAAGACAACGACGACGCGUCGCGAGCGACACGACCCGCAAACACCCACGGGAAAGGCGGGGAGAGACUCGGAGGCAAUUCGCGAUUAUCCUGGGCAACGGGAGGCAGCGGUGGGCCCAAGUUAAAACAAAAACCCGGAUAAAUCCGGAAAUGCUCGUGUGGAUUCGGCUCCUCCUCGGCUCCAGCUGUCGUUCAGCCGCGUGGAGCGGGGGUGGCGACGUGGAACGCUCCGCGUGUCUCCGUUGUUCCUGAGAGUGAGUGGUUUCACCUGCCGACGAGUGAGGAGCAGCAGGCUCACGAGUAUAACAAAGUGCUCCACACCCCCCCCCCCCCCAUCCUCCUGGCAGACUUAACAGACUUAAUUCUCCUCGUGCCGCACAGCGACGGCUGCCGCUGGGGGUGCCCUUUAAAACUAUUGCGAGGCGCAAGCCGCUCAUGUCGCGCGCAGAGCGCUUCCGGAAAGACUUCCCGUCUUCCAACGGCGACGGCGCCGACGAGGAGGAGGAGGUGGUGGCGGGGGGGGGUGGCUCUCGCGAACCAAUUCACCCGGUGAGCGGCGUGCCAGAUGUUUGACUUUCCCUCCCCCUGCGAGCACGGUUAUUAGUCCUCCGCGCGGACGGUCUGCGCCGUGGGUAAUCGAACGGCAGAGGAGUGGUAGGAGAAAGCUCACGGUAUGUGGGUCGGCAAGCAGGACGCGGAGCUUCGUAUCGACGAAGCGAUAAAUGUUUGCAAGAGUCUUGUCUAUGCACGUCUGCCCUGGCGGGCAACAAUAUGGGCCACGCCAGCUCGGGCCGAUGUGGCGGCGCUGUACGCUGGAACCUCGCGGGUGCAGGACUGCCGCGGAGGUGUUAGCCCCUGUUGAACUGUGCCCCUCUCUCCUCGCUGUGGUUUCGGGUCGCGCCGAUCGCUACGCGUUGUUGUCCGACGGUUUGCUCCACGUGCCGAGAGUCUUCUUCAGGAGCCGAAGAAGCUCCCGGCGCAUGGUUCCGGACGUCCGUGCCGAACAGCAACAACAACAACACGUAGUGGUGGUGGUGGUGGUGGUGGUAGCGGCAACACAACACGAAACGUUUGUCGUUUUUAACUUUUCCGUAGGAGGCACGAACUCGGUUGUUAUUUAUUGGACGGACGUGAGCGGCGUGGUUACAACGAGGAGCAGGGGGGAGCUCAUGGAGACGUCCUGGGCCGGACUUCCUUCUGCUGCCACUCGGCCGUUCUGUUCUGUGGGCGAUCAGAACCGUUCCUGUUGUUGGGCCGCAAAGUAGCGCACAUGGGGGGGUCAGUACCUUUCUGCCAGCGAUUCACUUUGAACCUCGCGUGUCUCUCCAACAAGGGAUGCUGAGACUACAAACGAUGACGGGGAGGGAGGGGGGGGUGUUUCCUGGACAAUUUAAAAGACUCGAAAACCCACGACGUCUCAUUUUCGAGAAAGGAGCAGGCCUUCGCUGAGAGAAGGCCUUCGCUGAGAGCAGGCCUUCGCUGAGAGCAGGCGGGUCACGUGGAUGAACUCGCACAGCUAUUAAGCUUGUCACGUGGGCGCCCGUGGCGGAGAUGCGAUGGUAACUGCUGUCUGAAGGGGGUUCGGAAAUUGUCGCAACGAAGCGAGCACGUUUUGGCGUGCAUGUACGCGUGGAUUAAACGGGAGUUGUUUGCAAUGGUUCUGUUCAAAUGCCGGCCCGCCUCGCUCUGUGGGAGCUGGUUCUCAAACUCGAUUCUACGAAUGUCCCGGCUACAAAUGCCGCAAAGCACAGAUCACGCGUCAACGCGGCGUUCGGCAUCCACAUCAUGUUUCGUGUUGCAUCUUGGCGCUGCUGUUCCCUGCGGAUAUUCAACAUUUCUCCUGCACGCUCUCCACGCCGCAGCCUGCUCCACCCCCCCUCCCCCCAUGAAUUCUUCCCCUUUGCCACCCAGGUGGGGUUUGUCAUGCGGCCCAUUUUAUCUGCACGUUUCAGUUUGGUUUUUAACUUUGAUCAUAGCUACUGCUUUUAAAAGUAAUUUUAU